AUGAAAACGCUUUUGUUGACAUUGAAGGUAAAGGAUACGGAGCCGGUGAACUGGUCUAAAGCUUUGGCGUCGUACCUUAAAAAAUCGUACGGAUCUUCCACCUGGAGCCAAUUCUUCGAUGUGAAGUUAGCCGAGAACUUAGAUCGUUUGCGCAACAACGCGAAUGGCAGCUUGGCUCCUGAAGUGCUAUUGGAGCAGAACCUGCUGUACUAUGCGUUUUUGGAGCAGUUGUACCUGCGAUUGGGCGCGAACUCUGGUCAGUUGAACAUCGACUAUACAUGGUAUGAUGCAGCGUAUGCGACGAACAACGUGUCGCAAAAGUACACUCAGAGGACUGUGGCUUUUGAGAAGUCCAGUGUGCUGUAUAAUAUGGCUACGAUCAUGACCCUAGUGGCCCAGGAACAGGUCGACAGCGACGUCAAAAGCUCAAUUGGGCUUUUAUCUCGCGCAUACGCUUGCUUUCAAUUUUUGAGCGAGAAUUUCUUGAACUCGCCGUCCGGGGACCUCCAUGCUGAAAACACCAAGUUUUUGGCCAAUAUGUGCCACGCAGAGGCUCAAGAACUUUUCUUAUUGAGGAUUGUAAAUGGACCUGAUGUAGCCAAACAUGCGUCGCUGGUGGCUAAAUUAGCGCUCAUGACGUCGUCGUUAUAUCAGAAAACUCAGGCUUUUUAUGGUACGGAAUCUGAUGGUGAUUCCAAGACCGAAGUCCCCUACGGUGAGGCUAAGUGGAAGAGCAUUAUUACCUGUAAGUUUCACUUUUAUAGAAGUAUUUCGGCUUACAACAACGCACUGGCUCUUGAACAACAACACAAGUUCGGAGACGCGAUAGCGUUCCUCGAUAUUGCUCAGGAUUCCUUAGUUUCUGCGAUGGCCCAAAAACAGUACGUCAAAGACGUCCUUGACCUAGAUUCCGUGAAAUCUUUAAUCACAGCGAAACGGAGGACUUUAGUUAAGGAUAACGACUACAUCUAUCAUGACUUUGUACCGUCGGACGCGUCUAUGGAAUCAAUAAAAAGUAUGGACGCUAUAAAGCUACAACCUUUGGCUCAGCAAUUGGAGCCUUACAUGGACAAAGUAGCGGAAGCAUCAGAUGUUCUCUUUAAAGGGAUCAUACCAGUGGAAGUCUAUGAAAAAGAGAGCAUUUACUCAGAGCAAAAGUCAGAUCUCUUGCGAAAAGAGCUAGAAGUUGCUGAUACUGCAGAUUGGGAAUAUACUUCAUUUGUCGAAUUCACAACUCUUCCCAAAAUCUUGAGAGGUCUUAACGACAGGUAUACCAGCAACGGCAAAAAAAAUUCCACAGAUAAUCCGCAACUGACAAUGAUGAAAGAACAAUUAGACUCUUGGUCAAACUAUGUCAUGACGAGCUCAUACAAAGAUGUUGAGUCUCAAAUAAAGUCGAUUGUUAACAAACGAAAACAAAUACUGGACUCUUUGACCUCGAUUACACCGGAGAACAAAGAAAAUGCUGUGAAGCUAAAGUCCUCUUUAAUUGCAGCUUCUAAAUCUGACGAGAAACUUUUCUCGUUCGUUGAAUCUCAUAAAAAGGAAAUAAAUUUGCUCAAAAACCCGCAAGCUUUAAGAAAGUAUUGGAAUGAGCUCACAGCAUUCCAAAUUGAAGAACCGGAUCUACUGGAUUUAGAUGACUCCAGAAACGACGAGAUUAAAUCCAAGAUAAACAAUGUUGCAAACCAGCAUGAGGACCUCAAAGUUCUGAAAGACGAACGGCAUAGAAUAGUACAAGAUCUGAAGAGAGCGGUAAAUGAAGAUGAUAUCUCAAGAGUUAUUAUACUUAACCGCGGAAUAACUGAUGCUGAGUUGAAACAACUUUUCGAAAAGGAACUGGAUAAAUUUAAGCCAUUGAGUACCAGGAUAGAGGCAACUAUAUUCAAACAAAGAAGUCUUAUCAAUGCAAUUAAGAUCAGUUUGGAUGAAGUAUUUAAGCUUACAGGUGUUGAAGAUGAGUCAUCUAAGAAUGAUCCCAAUUUGAGUAAAAGGAAUGAGUUCUACAACGCACUCAACCAGGCAUUCACAAACUUCUCCGUCUUUGCUAAUGAUCUGCCCAAAGGAUUAAACUUUUAUGAUUCGUUGCUCAAAAUGGCCCAUGAUUUGCAAUCGUACGGCACUGCCUCAAACGACGCGGCACAAAGAUCCACUCCUGCUUUGCCCGGGCAAUUUAAUCAAAGCUUUGAGCAACUAAACAUAUCAUCCAAUGCGCCCGUAAAAGGACCAGAGGAGGCCUUGAAAUAUGGCAUUCCGCCCUUGCCUCCUCGAACAUAUGACAAUCAAGAUCGAAAUUACAACGUUAAAGAACCUGUGGUGCCGCCAAUUCCACCAAAGCAACCACCAUCUGGUCUAACCGGGCUGGUAGGCUCAACUCCAUCACCGAACCAAACCUCAGAGCAAAAUCCAACUUCAUUUUAUAACAAUCCAUCGGUAUUCGAUGAAAGUUUAUAUUCACGUUACAGCAGCUAG